UUUCAAACCUGUUUGUCUCACGUCACAUUUUAUCUAAAAAAACUAACUGAAAACCUUUCAAAAAUGGAACUUUCCAAUCAGUGUCAAAAUUACAGUAAAAAUGUAAAGACUGUAUAAAAUAAACACUCACCAACAUCCCUUUUUUUUAGCAAACAACACCAAGAAUACCAUCAAAAUGCAGUUGCUGCAUGACCACCCGACGUUGGCCGUGAGGAGCCAGAAGGAUUCCGAUGUGGAAGUGAAGGAGAGAAGAUCUUCAAAUGCUUCGCUGAUGAUGAACCCUGUGGCCAGUGGGGACAAUGUGACCACCGGGCUGCCCUCGGCGCACAGACUGAAAGAAGAGCUGCCGCCUUUAGUUCCGUGCUGCGAGGGAAAAGAACUGCAGAUAAACGAGGACCUGGUGCGCAGCGGUCUGUCUGCCAUCUCCGUCAAGCAUGAGAACGUCAUCCACUGCCUCAGCUCUUCAGAAGCCUGUGAGAGAAUCCAGCUUACGCCGGGGAUCGUGAAGCGUCGCAACUCGUACCGCUGCCUUCACCGCCCGGACUUGAAGCGGGUGCCGUACCUCGGCCGGAUGACGCCGGACGAACUGGAGUCACUCUUCAGGGGCCACGCGGACUUCCCGGCCUGGUCGCAGAGGAACGAUAACCAAGACAGCGCGCCAAGAGUAAUGUUACCGCCUGACGAAAACAUUCUCAACCGAGACCUUAGGACAAAAGAGCCUACAAUGGCUGAUGAAAACGGCUUAGUACUUCACCCGAUCCCCGAGAUCAGAUCGGGCGCAGAGGAUGUUCCGGCCGGCAUGCGAUUGCACGGAGCUCGUGCGCGACUGUACACGUCAGUCCAGGCGGUUAGAGCGGGAGACCAGCGGGAUUGCGAUUCAGUAAACGAAGCAUUAGACAGCACCAUACCUGAAGACCUGACAGAAGACGAAGUCCAGCUCAAAGAGGAACUUCAGAUCAUACUCCCACCAAGACCAGAUGAUGUCAACGCUGACUGGUCUACUACUAGCAAUGCCACUUCUAAUACUAAUAGUUGAACGUAAAAUAAGAAUACAAAAACUGAGAAUCUGAAAGAGACUUACGCAUUUGACAAAUAAUAUAAACAAAGGACGAAUAACAAGACGGGCGGAGAUCAUUAAAAUAUAAAGUACAAACAAUAUGGGAAUCGAGAAACUGAUUAUGAAGCCAUUUGAGAAACGACGCAAUGUCAUAUAUAAACUGAAAACAAAAUUACUAGAUGAGGAAGUUUAAAAUAUACAAUAUGAGAAUAUCGAAAAACUUUGGAGAAAGAUUUUGAAAACAAUAUAAUGAGAAGAGGAUGUAUUCAAUUAUGCAUGAGAAUUGAAAAACCUUGGGAACAAUUUGAGAAACAUCAACCCAAAAUGUAUUAAGUCAAGAAAGAUAAUGUAAAGAUGAGAAAAUACUGAACAACUAUCUUAGUGGCAAAAAUAACGAGUCUGAGUUAUUUUUUAACGCGACAAACGUGACGCUUAUCAAUAAGACUUGAAUUAUUAUUAUCAAAGAAGAUAAAGCACAAAACUAAGGAUCUAAACCAAAGAAACCGAAGUUAUAACUAUUGUCAUCUGACGAGACGACGUAAGAAAAUCUAAAAUUUUAAGACGCACCGAAAAUGAAAAUGUGCUCCUUUUGAAAGUUCGAAAUCUAUAGAAUAGUAUUAUGGCAAACAAAAUAGCCAAAUAUAACCUGCUAAAGGUCCUCAAACGCUGUCGUUUAGACCUAAAACGAUACAGGAUAGGGGCUAAGAUACGUUUGAGGUUGGCUAAGAUAGGACAAACUUUACGGAGCGCGGCGGUAGUAGGUGCCAUGUACGUUGGUUGGAUUCUAUUGGACUUGAUUAAAUGACUAGAAGACAUAUUGA